AUGCGGCAGAUCCGCCAGACUGUCGCGCAGCCCGUCUUCGCCGCCUUCACAGCCGGCGGCGUGGCCGGCGCAGUCUCCCGCACCGUCGUCUCGCCGCUCGAGAGACUCAAGAUCCUCUUCCAGGUCCAGAGCGUCGGCCGCACCGAGUACAAGAUGUCGGUGCCCAAGGCCCUAGGCAAGAUGUGGAGAGAGGAGGGCCUGCGCGGCUUCAUGGCCGGCAACGGCACUAAUUGCAUUCGCAUCGUCCCCUACUCGGCCGUCCAGUUUGGCGCAUACAACUUCUACAAACGGUUCUUCGAAGACUCGCCCGGCGCAAACCUCGGGCCCUACCAGCGCCUCGUCUGCGGCGGCUGCGCGGGAAUCACCUCCGUCACCUUCACCUACCCGCUCGACAUUGUCCGCACCCGUCUCUCCAUCCAGUCCGCCUCGUUCGAGUCGCUGAAGAUGACAAAGGAGGCCAUCGAGGCACGCCGCAGGAAGCUGCCGGGCAUGUGGAGCCUGAUGGGCACAAUGUACAGGACCGAAGGCGGCGUCAAGGGUCUGUACCGCGGCAUCCUGCCCACCGUUGCUGGCGUCGCGCCCUAUGUCGGGCUCAACUUCAUGGUCUACGAGUCUGCGCGCGCGUACUUUACCCCCGAGGGCGCACGCGAUCCCUCGUCUGCGGGCAAGCUUGCUGCGGGCGCUGUGUCGGGCGCGAUUGCGCAGACGUGCACGUAUCCAUUCGACGUCCUCCGCCGCCGCUUCCAGAUCAACACCAUGUCCGGCAUGGAACUGCACUACAACGGCAUCGUGGACGCGAUCCGCAAGAUCAUUGCUCAGGAGGGUGUCAGGGGUAUGUACAAGGGCAUUGUGCCUAAUCUGCUCAAGGUCGCGCCGAGUAUGGCGAGUAGCUGGUUGAGCUUUGAGUUUACGCGCGAUUGGAUCUUGGCGUUGAAGGUGCGGGAUGAGGGUGAUGAGGGGUUGUGA